AUGACUUACCCGGAACCCCGUCGCGCGGGCUCUCACGCCACUAUGCCGGGCAAAUCUACCAGCAACGCGGGUGCCGCUUCGGACGUCGACCGCGACCAGUUCGAGGCUUUCAGAUAUGAACUGGGCACCUCCAACCGUGAGACUGUGCUCGCUUCCUUCGAUCGCCGGGACGACUACGCUCGCAUGCGCUUCCCGCCUCGUACUCCGAACCCCGGCUCACACCAGGCUAACGUCCCUGCCGACCCUGUGCUCGCUGGAUGGAAGAACUUUCAUCUCACCACCACUGACCGUGACCUGGAUGCCGAGAAGCAGGACCAUCUUCAUGACGGCCAGCUCUUCCGCCUCAACCGUCAGGCGCGUGGAGAGGCCAUACACCAUCCUCCACCUGCGGUUCGUCGGAGCGAGCCGUCCCUUAACCCGUUACUAAACAAUCCGGGCAACGCUGAUCCCCUUGCUCUGGCUCGAGCUCUCCAAUUCAAGGGCUCCUACAAGGCUGGAAAGGGCCGCCCGCCGAUCUCAAACCCCCAUGCUAGCUCCGCUCCUCUCGGAUCUGUCGGUCGUGGAGGUUACGCCGGUCGUGGCCGCGGCGGCUCCGUCCUGAGUAGCAAUGGACGCAAUGGGCCUACACAAUCUGGAACCCUCAACCCACAUGCAGAUAUUCAUGCAGACCAGCGCUUGCCUGCCCGCAAGAAGAAGGCCUCCGUUGUUGGUGGUGGAAUGAGCACCGUCCAGGCGCGUCCGAUGCUUGGAGCUGCUUUUACGAACCGCCCUACCAACAAUCUGCGUCCGCCGCCGGCUCAGAUCAAUCAUGGCCGCAAUGGCAUCCCGAACCAGCAGCUGUCCAAGGGUGCCCAUGUAGCUCCGAUGAUGGACCGCAGCAACAGCUCCAGGUCGACUGCAUCCAUGGCGAGCUCGACCGUGGGCAGCUCUUCUUCCGGCGCCCUCUUCGCUACGGGCCGCAGACAUCCUGCUCCUGUAGGUAAUCUCGCCACGCCUGAGGAGUUCAUGGCAGCUGUUAAGAAGAACGGUCUUGCUGGGUCGAAAUAUGCACCGAAGCCCGAGGACAAGAAGAAUCAGCAGGAAAAGACGGAGACGACCAAGCCCGCGGAACCAAAGAUCAAAUCUACUAUGGGUGGAGGUCUCUCUGGAUCGAGAUUCGCUGCUUGA